AUGAAACAUGAAAGCAUAUCAUGUGUUAAUGGAGUGUGUCUACAGGUAUCCGAAGUUUCAGUUAGUAGAAACAGGAGUACUAUCAUUGUCCCAGCAGGAAGCACUAGAGAUGAAGGGUGGAGUGCAUUCAGGAACACCUUGGAAGAAAUAAAUGAAGCAUCUAAGCUUUUUGUUCUUCCCAAUCAGGAAAAAGGGAUAAUCAAUAAAGGUGCAGAGGAAGGGGCUAAUCAGUCAAUUCCUCAGGGUCAGAAGAGUAAAGAGACAUCUGUUGAAAGUGAUAAGAAGCAAUCUGCAGUGACUUCAUCUACAUCUAGUAGUAAGAUGGAGGGCCAAGUGCCAAAGGUUGUUCCUGUUGAGUCAAGUAAGAUCCCCAGCUGUUGCCUAAAGUUGGUUCUGAGCAAGGGAAGGUGGGACCCAGUGAGCUUCAAGGAGUGGGGAAGAAUGUGGUUUCAAAGUCUUCUUCACGACCAGGAUCAUCUUCUCAUGUCUCCUUUUCCAUUUCCAGGCCUUCAUCAAAUGCAAUCCAGAAAUGAAAAUGUUGAUGGAGAGGAGGAUCAUCUUCAACGCCCUACCACAUCUUCAUCUAAUGUACCCGAGAAUUUACCAACGGAAGGUGACAUGUCAUCGAAUGCGGGACCCGAGUACAAAGAGCCGAAGCAAGAGACUUCUUCUUCUUCACUCCCUACUCCAAGUCAUCAAUACCCAGCUGUUCAUAUAUCACCAAAUCCAAACUUUAGUUUUGCGUUCAUGCCACCAAUGAUUGGAAGCUAA